ACAAUUUCUAAAUUGUUUCCUUUUAUCCUGAUAACCUUUCCUUUCCACUGCCUCUGGUGUAUGGUGGGCUAGAAAUAGGUUAAAGCAUUCAGGAAUCCAUAUUAAAAGUAGGAUUUGAAAAAAUUCUAAGCUUACAGAAACUGUUUGCAGUUAAUUCUCUGCUGGUCUAAAUCUCUGUUAUUUACUUAUUUGCAUGUAGAUGCCAUGGGUCUGGUCAUGUGUGUUAGGAAAGCCAGACUCAAUGGGUUUCCUGGUCUCAUUUGUUAAUAUUUACUCUAUUUUAAUUUUGUGGUCUGUUGGUCUUUUUAUUCUAUCACAAAUAGUAUGUUAUAGGUAGGUUUUUCCUGUUUUCUGUGGGAAUAGGGGGUGGAAGGAAACAAGGGCUAAUACCACGCCCUCAGAAAAGAUACAUACUUUAACCUGAGGAGAGAAGGUUAUAUAUAAUAACCUGAGGAGAGAAGGUUAUAUAUAAUAACCUGAGGAGAGAAGGUUAUAUAUCAUAACCUGAGGAGAGAAGGUUAUAUAUAAUAACCUGAGGAGAGAAGGUUAUAUAUCAUAACCUGAGGAGAGAAGGUUAUAUAUAAUAACCUGAGGAGAGAAGGUUAUAUAUAAUAACCUGAGGAGAGAAGGUUAUAUAAAAUAACCUGAGGAGAGAAGGUUAUAUAUAAUGACCCGAGGAGAGAAGGUUAUAUAUAAUGACCCGAGGAGAGAAGGUUAUAUAUUUGAGAGAUAGAGUUUUAAAUUAGCCCAAAACUCAACAACAGGACCUAUCUCUGGAAGACAGAUUGUUAAAAAUGCAAGAGAACGGCUUUGCUUAUCACCCGGUGUGAGUAACUGUUCUUUGCUCUGCCCCUGUGAUGUUUAUUUAAGCCCCUACUUGUGCUUUCCAACCAUUGCGUCCUGCAGAGAGCAUUCCAGGAACCAGGGGGCCAUAAAACCUUCUGGGUCCCCUUAUCUCCUGGAGCCAUAAAACAAUCCUGUAACUUGUGGUGCCUUCCCUUUUGACAUCCCCCCAUCCCCUGGGCUCACAGCCUCUGCCUUUAAAUACUCUUUCUCCCAGCCUCUCGGGGUCGACUCCUCUGUCUCCUGUGUGGGAUAUGUGUCAGCCUGGAGAUCUCUAUAAUAGGUCUCCGUAAUAAACCUCGCCUUUGCUUAUUACAUCCAAAAUGGUCUCUCUGUGUCUGGGGUCCGCGAUUUCCCAAGACUUGAGUAAGGGUCUCUCUGAGUGGGAUCUUUCAUUUGGGGGCUCGUCCGGGAUCUUCGCGACCACCCCAGACUCCGAAGACCCCUUGGAGGUGAGUUGGAUGUUUAUCUGAGUGUUUCUGUGUGAGCGGCGCCGCAUUGGUCAGUCUGUGUCUGUCUCUGUUUUGGUUCCGCCAUGUGUGUAUAUGUGUGUGUCUUAGUACCGGUCAGUGUUAAGAGGGUAGAUGUGUAUUCCUGCCCUGUGCUAGGAGGGCGGACGUGUAUUCCUGCCCUGUGCUAGGAGAGUGGAUGGGUAUCCCCACUCGGUGCAGCUGCCUUUGUGGUCCGUGAGGAUCCUCUGGCUUCGGAAGGGGGGACGCCCCGGGGCCCGCAAGCUGCAGCCCUGGAAAGACGUUCCAUGGGCGGAGAGCAGUCGGAAGAGCCCGGCUGUGGGCAGUCAGGAGGACCUGACUGUGGUUUUCUGGAACAAAGGAGACAGAGUGCUCCUUUUACCUAGGCGGGAGUGGACGAGGAAUCCCACUCCGUCAGAGGUCGCGUUCGGCUGCCUAUUUAAGUAUAGGCACGGACAAGUGUGCUUGGACGUGUUAGUGUCUGUUGUCUGUAUUCUGUUUCUGUGUUUGGUAUCCCAGAAGCAGCUAAGGUUAAGCUGCAGUUUGGGCCAGGUACUGAAGGUACCAGGCAUCUGUGGAAAUUGGUUAUAGGAUGCUUUGUCUUGGUCUUGUUUGUCUGGUUUGUUUUCUGUGGUAUUGUCGAGUGUCUUUUUGGCUUUUGUUUCUUUUUUUUUUGGUUCUUUUUUUCGGAGCUGGGGACUGAACCCAGGGCCUUGCACUUCCUAGGUAAGCGCUCUAACCACUGAGCUAAAUCCCCAGCCCCUUGUUUCGUUUUUAAAUUUGGACUGACGACUAUGUUUGAAAUCUUGGACUGACGACUGUGUUUGAAAUCAUGAAACUGUUUGCUUUGUUCGUCAAAGAGUUUUACUUGGUUCUCUUGGUGCUUAAGUUAAAAGUUGAAAAUAAUUUGCUUGAGAAAAAUUGUUUUCUGCCAGGAGUUUUAUCUUUCUCUCUUGAGCCUCCUCCCCAAGGAGAGAUGCCCCUCUCUUUACUCCCCUUGUCCAGUCUAGCCGCUGUUAAUGGUUGUGUGUAAAGAACUCCAGGUUAGUGACCCUGUCUGAAGCAGACAUUAACAAGAACCUUGAGGAAAAAAACCGCUCUUAAAUAAAAGUUUCCCCAGAUAAGGCCUCCGGUAUAAAACAAGUGUAGUGAAAGGAAAUUUAAUUUUGUGGACCCCACUCUAGUGGCGGUGUGUUGGUUGAUAGCCAACGUAAUGUUUUUGAAGCAUAGUGUUUUAUCUGUGCUUGUGCUCACAGCCCACACAGUGGUGGGGGGAGCGAAACUAGCCGCGGAGCUGCUAUAGCAAACAUGGAGACUUCUCAGUCUCACCCAAUUUUUCUUGCUCUUCAAGAGCUGUUUAAAAGAAAAAGGCUUAAGAUAAAAAGAAACACUAUAGAGAGAUUUCUUAGUGAAUUGCUACACCUUGGUUCGCUAUCUCUGGGAAUCUCACGGUGGACAGCUGUGAUAAGCUGGGAAAGAUUAAAUUUUGCUUGGGAGCAAGGAACCUUAAAGGGACAGGCUACAUUAGAAAUGCAACAGGAGGAACGAUCUGAAAAGGCUGAGAGUGAGGCGGGGGAAGACUCUAAAGAAAACAAGAACAAGAAAGGAAUUUCUGCCUUUAGUGGCCUGACCUUCAACAUUUGCUCACAGAAGGAGAGCGCUCAUUAAGAGAAGUUCUAUAAGGAAGCCUGCCUUAUCUGCUGGCCUUAUUCCAAGAGAGGAGUCAGUCUCCAACAUUAAAUUACUUUUCUCGUUGGUCAUCAUUAACAUGGAGAGUGCCUUUGAUCCUAUCCCCACAGCAGCCAGUUCCUGCCCCUGUGGUCGAAAUGCCCCAGGUUGGGGGACAAAAAAAGCCCCUAAAAUAGUUUCAAAAGCAAUCUACAACAAACUGUGAAGAACUUUGUUUUGCCAGUCAAAAUUUAGAAUUCAGGCUUUGGCUGUGGCCAAGGUCAGGAUUAAUGUUUUCUUUUCCAUGGGCCUUUAGCCCACUAAGACAGUUUGGUAAAGGGCUGCUACUGAGGUCCUGAAAGUCCCAGGUGAACCCAUUACAAUUCUUUUGUCAGCAACUUGGCAUCUAGCACUCAGGUCCUAACCAUCUCUCCAUUCUUUUGUUAUUAGUUGUUACUAGAAGGCUAGUGUCAUUUGGAGGCUGGUUCUCUUGAGAGGCAAAGCCACCAAGCUGACACUGAAGAGAGGUACUCCUUAAGAGAAAAUCUAAGUCCAGAGAGACAGCCGGUAACAGAUAGGCUGCCCCUCUGCUCGCCUUUCUGUUUCAUAGACAAAGCUUGUGCUUAUUUUUACAAUGGCCUUUUUGUCCAAAAAAAAGUCCUCCUGGUUUGACUAAAUGCUAUUUGUCCUCUUCAGUGGACCUCUGUUCUCUAGAUUCCCUUCUUGUUUUCUCACCAUCCCACUUGAGAUGCUUGUUAGUAACUGUUACAGGUCUUCUUUACCACCGAGGAAAGACAAAAUCCUAUUAAAGGCCAGAAAAAAAUGUUCCAGACACGGAUAGAAGGCCCUCACUUCUGCCUGUUGGCUUCAAUACGCCUGAAGGUAGGGAGCGCCAGGUCUGCCGCCAGGCUCCAAGGGGCUGGAAAAUGCCCCACCAAUCUGGCUAAGAUAAAGAAAAGAUAUAAAGAGAAAGUUAUAAAAAUUUGAAGGGUUAAGCUAAGUUGCUGAGAGAGUUAGUGUAAGCUACAGAGAAAGUAAGGUUGAACAGAGAGACUGAGAAAGAGAAAGAGAAAAGAAGGUAAAAGAACAAGAAGCUAGGAAAAAAAGAAGGUAAAAAAAAGAAGAAGCUAGAGAGCUAAAGAGAGAUAAAAGACAAGAGAGAAACAUAUACUGGCCACCAUAGUUAGGAAACCUAGGAAGACAGUACCUGACAAUAGAUGAGAAUUCCUGGCUAAAGAUCAGUGUGCCUAAUACAAAGAAAAAGGACACUGGGUCAGGGACUUCCCCAGAAAGAACAAGAGGGGCCACUGAAGAGCCUCUUGGUCCUAGAGUGCUGGCUAUACACAAAGAUAGAAGAGAAGCCCACCCAGUUGUUUUGUGGAUACAGGGACCCAAAGCUCUGUGCUCCUAUGCUCCAGUGGGCCAGUAUCCAAAGACCUUGGGUACAAGGGUCUACUGGCAACAAACAAUACUUAUGGACUACCCGAAGAACAGUAGACCUUGGCCUGGGCCGGGUAACCCACUAGUUCAUGGUCAUCCCUGACUGCCCCCAUCCCUUGCUCAUGAGAAAUUUGCUCUCCAAAAUGGCUUGCGUGGGCUGAAAUGGCUGGGUGAGGUCAUGUGUAUACAUAUCUACAGACUGUGUAUGUGGAGCUUAAGACCUGUCUCAGUGCACCAGUACCUGAUGCUGGGAGAUGUGUGGCUUAGUGCUGUUCUGCCUGGAACACAUCACUCCUGCCAACCGGGCACUAACAAUUAUCACCCAAUCCAGGACUUAAACUGUGAUAGAGUGGCUGAUGUUUUGCCUUUGAAUAGAACGUCCCAAAAGAUGGGACCACUGGUCAGCUGACAUGGACUAGAUUCUCCACCAGUUGGGGACAAUCUAGUCACCUUGCUGCCCAAUCCUGACCUGGAGCCACUGCAACACGAGUGUCAAGCACUGGCAGAAGCCCAUGGGUGGAGGAAAGACCUCUGCGACUGGCUGAUUGACCCCUGCUGAAAGCCGAGGCUACCUUGUCUACAGACGGGAACAGUUCUCUUCAUGAAGGUCAGAGAUAAGUGGGUGCUACCGUGGUGGACAACACAAUGUCAUCUGGAAUGGCUGAACCUCAAUCCCCCAGCACAUCAGCGCCGCAGAUGUCUUUGCCAUCUCUUGGAUGCCCUGAUGAAGCCAGCAACUGAUGCAGUGACCUAUGAGGAUUUGCGUGUGAACUUCUCUCCAGAAGAGUGGGCUUUGCUGGAUCCUUCUCAGAAGAGUCUCUACAAAGACGUGAUGCUGGAAACGUGCAGGAACCUCACUGCUAUAGGCUACAAGUGGGAAGUUCACAAUAUUGAAGAACGUUAUCAAAGUUCUGGAAGACAUAGAAGGUGUAACAUUUGUCACUCUGGAUCCCAGCCUUGUGAGUGUAAGGGAUAUGGAAAGAGGCAAUGUACCUUUGCAAGUAACAGUGUUCUUCAAAAAGAUGAAAGAUUCCACACUGAAGGGAAACCCUGUGAGUGUAAUCUGUGCAGUAAACCCUUUCCAACUCUUAGUAGUCUUCAACAACAUGAUAGAAGUCAUCCUAGGAAAAAACUCUGUGAAUGUAAUCACUGUGGUAAAACUUUUCCAAGUCGCAGUUCUCUUCGAGUACAUGAAAGAACUCAUACAGGAGAGAAACCCUAUGACUGUAAUGAAUGUGGUAAAGCCUUUUCAACUCGCAGUCAUCUUCAAAUACACCAAAGAACUCAUACUGGAGAGAAACCUUAUGAUUGCGGUGAAUGUGGUAAAGCCUUUGCAAGUAAAGGUAAUCUUCAAGUACACCAAAGAACUCACACAGGGGAGAAACCGUAUUGCUGCAGUGAAUGUGGUAAAGCAUUUGCUACUCACAAUAAUCUUCAAAUACAUGAAAUAAUUCACACUGGAGAAAAACCCUAUGGAUGUAGUGAAUGUGGUAGAGCCUUUGCAUACAGCAGAGCUCUUAAAGCACAUGAAAAAACUCACACUGGAGAGAAACCCUAUGAGUGUCACCAAUGCAGCAAAGCCUUUGCAGGUCGUGCUAGUCUUCGAAAUCAUCAAAAACAUCAUACUGGAGAGAAGCUCUUUGUAUGUACACAAUGUGGUAAAGCCUUCAUAAGUCAGAGUGUUCUUCAGAGGCACGAAGGAACUCACACUGGUGAGAAGCCGUAUGAAUGUAGUCAGUGUGGUAAGGCCUUUGCACUCCUCAGUUAUCUUCAAAUACACAAAAGAACUCAUACUGGUGAGAAACCAUAUAAAUGUGAUCAGUGUGGUAAAGCCUUUACAAGUCAUGCUAAUCUUCAAAAUCAUGAAAAACAUCACACUGGAGAGAAACCCUAUGGAUGUAAUCAAUGUGGUAAAGCCUUUGUAUGUACUAGCAGUCUUCAAAUACAUGAAAGAAGUCAUACUGGGGAGAAACCCUAUGAAUGUAAUCAGUGUGGUAAAGCCUUUACAAGUCGCAGUUAUCUUCAAAUACAUGAAAGAAUUCAUACCGGAGAGAAACCCUAUGGAUGCAAGCGAUGUGGUAAAGUCUUUGCGUAUAGUAGUAGUCUUCAAAUACAUGAAAGAAGUCACACUGGAGAAAAACUUUAUAAAUGUACUCAGUGUGGUAAAGCUUUUGCAAGUCGCAGUUAUCUUCAAAUACACAAAAGAGUUCACACUGGAGAGAAACCCUAUGAAUGUAGUCAUUGUGGUGAAGCCUUUGCAAGUCGUGCGAGUCUUCAGAAUCAUGAAAAACAUCAUACUGGAGAGAAACCUUAUGAAUGCAAGCAAUGCGGUAAGAUCUUUGCCCGUCGCAGUAAUCUUCAAGUACACGAAAGAAUUCAUACUGGAGAAAAACCUCAUGCAUGUCAGCAAUGUGGUAAGGCCUUUGUCUUAAAGCGAGAUCUUCAAAUACAUGAAAGAACUCACACUGGAGAGAAACCGUAUAGAUGUAAGCAAUGUGAUAAGGCCUUUGUAUGUAGUAGCAGUCUUAAAAUACAUGAAAGACGUCACACUGGAGAGAAACCUUGUGAAUGUAAUCACUGUGGUAAAGCCUUUUCAAGUCACAGUUAUCUUCAAGUACACAAAAGAGUUCAUACUGGAGAGAAACCAUAUGAAUGUAAUCUUUGUGGUAAAGCCUUUGUAAGUCACAGUUAUCUCCAAGUACACAAAAGGGCUCAUACUGGACAGAACCCAAAUAAAUGUAAUCAAUGUGGUAAAGCCUUUGUAAGUCACAGUUACCUUCAAAUACAUAAAAGACUUCAUACUGGAGAGAAACCCUAUGGAUGUAAUCAAUGUGGUAAAGCCUUUACAUAUAACCGAGAUCUUCAUAGGCAUGAAAUAAUUCACACUGGAGAAAAACCUUAUGGAUGUAAUCAGUGUGGUAAAGCCUUUGCAAGCCGCAGUUAUCUUCAAAUACACAGAAGAGUUCAUACUGGAGUGAAACCAUAAGAAUGUACUCAGUGUGGUAAAGCCUUUGCGUAUCACACUAGUCUUUGUAAUCACAAAAAAUCUCACACUGGACAGCAUCCUAUGGAUGCAAUUGAUGCAAUGAAAGUUUGGCUCAUCAGUAUAAUCUUGAAACACAUCACAGACUGAAUAUUUGAGAAAAGUUCAAGAUAUAAUCAGUGUCAUAAUACCCUUACAUGUCAUCGUCUUCUUCGAAGUCAUGAAAGCGUUCCUACUGGAAAUAACCAGUCCAAUAAGUGCACUAAAGCCUUGUACACCAAGCACAUUUUCCCACUGAGCCAUCUUCUGGUGUUUAUAGAAGAUUAGCAGAACUAUUUCACCCUUAAACAAUUGUCUUGUUUUCUUAUUAUAAAUAAAUUGUCACCCAAGAAUAGAACAGCACAGUAAUUUGAAUAAUAAAACCUAUUUGCAAAUGACA